AAGGAAACGUGCACGAAGACGCAGAGCAAGAACGGCCCGUGUGGCAAACGCAAGUUUUUCCAUCAAUCACGGCGGCAACCAGUAUAUUUACUCAAUCGAGCAUUUAUAGUUUAUUUAAUUGCUUCCAAAUCGGUGUUGCCUAUCUAAGCUAUUUUACUUCUAGGUUUUAAAAUGCGCGGAGGUCAUUGCCAACUAGUAGGCUAUGGCAUGCAUGGAUACAUGAGAUGCGCGCGUGCGUCUGCCUCUCCCGGUUGCUCCACUAACUUAGCACCAAUCGAGCUCUAUAGAGUGGCUUAAUAGUAAUUGAAUACAGUCAGUAACGAGAGAGGCGACAAAGAAUGUGCUAUUACAUUUAAAAAAAGAAACGCCCCACCGCCUCCCCCGUACCAGUGCUGUGUGUUUAACCCGACACGCUUCUGUUGAUUCGUGUAUCUGGCUGUGAUAAUCCGUUAUUUGGUGAAGACGUUAGACGGCUUGCAAAAUGGUACUAUUUGGCUUCCUGUCGAUUUUAGCGUCUCUCAGAGUUUGUGGUGCCUCUCCACCUAUCCCUCUGUUCACAAAGUUGACAGUGGUGUUUGGAGACACCGUCAUCCUCCCCUGUGAUGGUGCCUACUACAUGGACCAGGUGAGCCAGGGGGAGGUGCAGAGGGCCCUGGAGUGGUCCACGAUGGGGGAGGACGUGCUCUCCAACCAGGGGGAGGGGCUGACGGCAGGCAAAGGGUACAAGGGGCGAGUGUUCCUCCCUCCAGAGGGGCUUGUGAAGGGUAACUUCUCUCUGGAGUUUCGGAAGGUGGUGCUGAGGGAUGCCAACAUCUACGAGUGCAUCUGGCAAGGCAGAAAGACCAUCUCCACUGUCUGGCUACAUGUCGAUGUCCCCUCGACGCCAACAGCUUUAGACGUGCCGGCGGGUCACUCUGUGCAUCUUCCAUGUUACGGCCUUGUCCCCAAGGACCCCACACAGAUGACAGUGGAGUGGCAAAAAGACGGUCAAACUAUCCUGACCUUCUACUGUGCCGGUGGCCACUACUGGCUAGCCAAGCCUUACUACAGUCCUAACAAACUGUAUUUCAACCGCAUGGGGAAUUUUACCCUUACCAUUUACUCUGUGGGGCACCAGGACCAGGGAGAAUACCGUUGCUUCUACAGGCCCCAGACCUCUGCAGAACUCCAGUCAGGAACACCUGAGGCCAUCCAUCUGACUGUCAAUUACACUCUUUCUUAUGACGACAACUGGGAGACCACUCCUACCGUCACAAUGUUGUCUGACGACCUCCAAGAAGGCUCCACAGGGGGUGCUGCAGCAACCUCAGCACCCCCAGUUCCCGUGGCCAUGGCAACGGUGACAUCAUCGCACUUGGCGAGGGGGCAGGACGAGGCGAUGACAUCGUCACCUGAGCCAGACAUCGGUUGGCUUGAGACACUCCCAUGGGUCCGUAUCGGGAUCAUAGCGGGAGUUCUGUCGCUAACUGCUCUGGUUCUUGGGAUUCUACUGGCAACACACAAGAUCUGAUGCCCCCACCGCCCAGAGAGAAAGAGAGACAGGAGCUACACGCAUCUCUCCUGGAUAGAGGCGUACAAGGACAGCGAGAUGAUGCUGGUUCCCUUACUCCCAUGGGGUGACCUCUCAUCACUCUUAUGUCAUGUUUGGAUCGAGGUGGGGGUACGGCUGGUGUGUCAGGGAUUUCCUGUGUAGGAAGGGUGGAUGCAUUUUUGAUGAAACCAGGCAUGAGAGUGAAGUCACAGUGUAGAAUGUGUCUUCGAUCCAAUGCCAGCUGACAAGGCUGACUAUAAAAAGGAGAUUGUUUUGUUUGUUUAGCCAAUUCUAUUUCUGUAGCCAAUUGUAUUUCUGUGGCCAAUAACACUUUAUGUUAAUCUUACAUUGACUACCAUGUAACUACAUAUCAACAACAUGUUCCCGCUGUAAUUCACUUUGGAUAAAACCACUAACUCUUAAUACCAUUUCACUAGUGUUUAUGUGACGUUUUUGUUUUUACCGUACGUGCUGUUACGUCAUUUCAUGAUCGUUUAUGUAACCAUAAUGCUGUUUUUGUAGCUUAUUUGUGUUAUAUGUUGGCCCAAUUCUAUUGGACCAUGUAUAUGUAUUUACCCUAUUGAUUAUAGCAUCUUAUCUAAUAAUAAAACCACUGGCUUCCUCCAGUGCUCUAUAGUCAUGUCUGAAGGUCUGCAGUGUUUGGUAAUUGAUUGAGUCUGAUCAAUGGCUAUUCGGAUACUUUUUGCAAAGUUGGAAUGUGGGAUUGGAAGAGACCUCUGAUGAACUUUAGUAUGCAGCAUUUCUAGUAGCUUCUAUUAAUAUCAGGGGCAUCAGAUUUUAGAACUGACUGGAGGCUGGGGUCGGCACAUAGGUUGAGACUUUCAGCAGCAGUUUUUGAAUCAUUUUGUGUGCUGUGUUCGUGUGUGUUUGUGCUGUACAAAUAAAAUCUGUAAAGACAUAGA